UUUUAGCGUAAAUCGUGUUGGCGAUCACACGUCGAUAGCCAAUAACAUUUUUAUCAUUGAACAUUAUUUCUUUUGAGUUGUUAAUUCAUUGUUAUAGUCAACACGGGCGUUUCAUUGUUAAUUAUCAAUAUCUUUUUUGAGAGACUUUUUCGAUUUUCGUUUACUAUACGCGUGUAAGCACUCAACUAUACAUUUUUGGACAGCAGAUUACGAUGGAAAACGAGAGAACGUACAUAGCGCCUAGUUUGUUGCAAACGGCGUACUACGCUUGCACCGAUAUCGAGCGUGAUAGGUUCGACUCUUUGAAGGCACCGGACGUCGAUUUGCGACACAGUUGCGAGUCGCUGCUUGAAAUAUUAAAAAUCGACAAAAACCGAAACGAGGGCAACGAAAGGCAGACCAUGUUCAUCAGGUUGCAGUUGACCAUCGAAGAAAAGAGGUUUCUAAACAUAUGCAAGGAGGCAGCGUCGCAUGGGCACAUCAAUUGCCUGAAACUCGCUAACGAGAUUGGCUUCCCAUGGAACAAUAAGGCGUGCAACCAGGUUGGGUAUACGAGGCAUCGUUUGUGUCUAGGAUACUUCCGGGAAAACGGCUGUCCGUGGAAUGAGAUAACUUGUAGCAAUGCCGCAUUCAGCGGUCACAAUGACUGCCUGAUAUACGCACGGGAAAACGGGUGUCCAUGGGACAAAUCGACAUGCUUCAACGCCGCGGAAGGUGGACAUUUGGAAGCAUCUGAAGACUAACACCGGUACCUUUCUUAUUCUGAAUAGAGUGUAUAACUCAUACUUUAGUAAAAUUGAAUUUCAUGUCAAAUUACGUGCCGUACCAUAUUUGAUGUUAUUUGAUGAAUUUGAUGCAAAUAAAUUACUAGUUAGUUUUUUAAUCGUAUAAAUAUUAUUAUUUAUCAAUUUGUUAAUUUAUCACAGAAAAUCAUUUAGUUAUAAUGAAUAUAUCAUUAGUAAUACACAAAACUAUCACAAGCCAAAGUUUAAAAUUCCAGAAUCCAGAUUUUUCACAUCACUUAAAUGUAGUAUACAUUUUUAUGAUGUAUGUUUUUUUUUUUAGUUGUACUUUAAGCUUUUACUUAAGAGUUAAGGCCUUUAAUCUUUAAAUCAUUUUGUUUAUUAAUAUAAAUUUGUUUAAUUUUAAUAAUAUUUAAAAUUAUUUUUGAUUCAAAACUAUUUAUGAUAUUAUAUAUUUUAGUAAUCAAAUGAUCGGUUCACCAAGUGAUCCUCAACUAACUUCUGGUGGCUAAAUGAGUGGGCCUAUUAGAUCAAUUGGUAUGUCUAUUUAAAUUAAAGCAGUUAAAUGUGUACAUCUAGUUGAACAAGAUACAUUAAUUCA